GAUGGAGAGGCAUUUUAUGCGAUGCCGGUGCCUGAACUACUUGCAAUGGCUAUGACGCAGAGCUGUCAAAGUUAAGAUGCCGCAAUGCGCAAUUUUCCAUUGAUGAUUUGAGAAAGCGAGACACUGUGAGGUCGGAAGAGGGAAAGCCGGGGCGAAUCAGGCGUUAGCCAGGCACGCACAAGUACGGGAACCCACCCGAUGCGUCGAUCAGAGUGAUAUUUUUGACGUCAUGACGACGCCGGAUAGGCGGGUGGUGUUCCGAUGCAGUUCGAUGCAGCGUCGAUCUGGCCCUGAAUGCGUCAGGUAUUGAGCCUCAUUCGGGGCCGGCCCUGGCGCCGAACCGCUCGACGGCAACUCUAUUUCUCAUUGAGCUCCCACGCCUUUUCCGGCCUGACGACAUGAGGUGAUGAUAAGGUUUGAAGCUGUCGUCACGGUCGGAAGGUGCGGCGAUGGAGGGAAGAAUGCCGUCCGUGCUUUUCCGGCGAACUUCUCUCUUGGCGCAUUUUCGGUCUUCCACCACCACGCAUAUCGCGCCGAGAUCAUCGUCUCUUGGCCCAAUCUAUCAAUCUAUCAGUCCAUCCAUCGCAAUGGCCACCAAGACGCGCGCUGGCUCUGCAGUCGCCCCAGCCGGCAAAGAUGAAGACAUCGCGCCGAACAACCCGCUGCAGUCCGACUUCACCGUCGACGACACCAGCAGCAUGGACGAAGACGAGCGUUACCUGCGUGCUCUUGGGUACAAACAAUCCCUCCAUCGACAAUGGAAAUUCUUUGAGAGUUUCGCCGCAAGCUUUGCCGCCCUCUACUCCGUCGGCGGCAUUCGCACCACCUUCACCAUUGGUGUUGGAGCCGGUGGACCCGUUGCUUACUGGUCGAGCUACGUAAUCACUUGUGUUUUCGUCUUCAUCACCGCCGCAGUUCUCGCGGAAGUCUGCUCCGCCCUGCCCGCAGCCGGAUCCAUCUACUUCUGGGCCGCGGAAUCCGGUGGUCGCCGUUAUGGCCGGUUCUUUGGCUUCAUUGUCGCUUGGUGGAGCACCACUGCCUGGACCACGUUCGUCGCCUCCAACUGCCAAGCCACUGCAAACUUCCUGCUGUCGGAGAUUACGGUGUUCAACCUCCCCUUUACCACCGACACCAACGACAUCAAAUUCCGCGCUGUGCAAUGGAUCGUCUCCGAGGCUUUCCUCUGCAUCAGCAUCGGCAUGAACUACCUCUCCCCCAAGACGUACUCGACCAUUUUUCGCCUCGCUACCGGCAUCAUCAUCCUCGACUUUUUGCUCAACAUGAUCUGGCUCCCCAUUGCCGUUUCCCAAACAUAUGGCUUCCAGAGCGCAGAGUACGUCUUUACGAAGCAGUUCAACGAGACAGGUGCUCCGCCCGUUUGGAACUGGAUGUUGAGCUUCUACGUCACCGCUGGAGUUCUCGUGGGCUUUGAAGCGUCUGGUCAUAUUUCAGAGGAAACCAAGAACGCCAGCAUCACCGCCGCCCGCGGCAUCUGGUGGUCCGCCUUUGCCUCCGCUGUCAUCGGCUUUCCCCUCGUCAUCCUCUUCCUCUUCUGCCUCCCCGACCUGAACCUCCUCUACAGCUACGGCGCCCCGCAACCGUUCGUCGAAAUCUACGCCCACGCCCUCGGCCGCGGGCCCCACGUCUUCAUGAACGUCAUCUGCAUCAUCGGCCUCAUCUUCAACACCACCAUCGCCGGCGUCGCCAGCUCGCGCCUCAUCUGGGCCGUCGCCCGCGACGGCGCGCUCCCCUUCGCCGGCUGGAUCUCGCGGGUCUCGGACAAAAAGGAGCCCCGCAACGCCAUCAUCGUCAUGCACGUCGUCGCCGCCCUCCUGCUCUGCACCAUCCUCCCCUCCGCCGUGGCCUUUGACUCGCUCAUCAGCGCCGCUGCCGUGCCGACCAUCACCGCUUACGCCCUCGUCGCGUUCGGAAGAGCCUUCAUCACGCCGCACAGCUUCAAGCAUGCGAAAUUCAACCUUGGCCGCUGGAGUCGUCCGUUCACCAUCAUCGCCCUCUUCUGGAAUCUCUACCUCGCUGGUGUGCUGUUUUCACCACUCGUGUUCCCCGCUACUGCUGCGAAUUUCAACUAUUCGCCUGUCAUUUUCGGCGCUAUUACCAUUUUUGGGAUUAUCACGUAUUUCGUGACGCCGGAGGAGAAGUGGUUGCCGGCGGGCAGAUUGGGCAAGGUGCAUCAGCUGGAUGACGAGUACGAGUCUCAUUCUAGUGGGAGCAUGCAGGAGGGACUUGCUGGUGUGAAGCGGCGGGGGUCGGACCGCACUCGUGUUGAAGAGUGAUGGAUGGCAUUUCUCACGUGAGAAUGGUUAUGGCCUAGGAGAACACGCUUCCACUGCUGCGAGACGGAGCAUAUAAGAAGACGGAUGUGGAUGCAGAAUCCUGGACGUAAUAUCCAUCUAUUGCACAUAGACAGGUUGGAACCACGAGCGCA